AUGUCUAAGCCAUUUGUCGCCGUCGCCGGCGCUGCUGGUGGAUUAGGAAAGAUCGUGACACUUGCUCUGAUCGAACGAGGCGUGUCCGUCAAGGCCCUCGUGCGUCCCAAUACUGAUCCGUCUCGCACAAGCGACCUUCUAGACCACGGCGCGAUGAUCAUUCCAGUGGAAUUUUCCGACCUGCCAGCACUCACCCGCCAACUGACCGGAGCAACCUGUGUCGUUUCGACGCUUCUGGGGCUGCAAGAUGUCAUGCAUGUUGCUCAGGGAAAUCUUCUCGAUGCCUCUGUGGCUGCCAAAGUGCCGCGAUUCAUUCCCUCUGACUUUGCCCUUGAUUUCACAAAAACAAAACCAGGGUCAAAUCGCAACUUGGACUUGCACCGUGAGUUCCAUGCCAGGCUGGAUAAAUCGGGCAUCGAUUGGACCAGCAUCCUGAACGGCGGGKUUUUGAAUUUAUUGGCCGGCGACUCACCGAUGAUCAACCACAAAAGCCGCAAGGUCCCAUAUGUAGGCAAGCCGACUCAAUUGCUCGACUUUACUACCAUGGCGGAUACUGCUGCAUACACCGCUGCCGUGGCGGCAGACCCAAAUCCAACGCCUAAGAUCCUGCGAAUUGCCAGCGUCUCUGUCAGCGUACAAGACAUCGCAGAUGCACUAACUGCUGUGCGAGGAGUGGAAUACAAGCCGUCCUGGAUGGGCACUGUGGGCUUUCUAGAGUUCCUGAUCCGAGCCAUGCGCCUGUUUGGCGGUGAGAAUGAAGUGUUUCCAGCAUGGCAAGGCAUGCAAUACAUGGUGAACAUGAUGUCUGGAGCUGGGAAACUGGACCCGUUGGAUAACAGCCGAUAUCCCGACCUCAAAUGGACCAAGCUGGAGGAUUUCCUCCGCGAGGACAUGAACAAGAACGAGAAAUAG